UCCUUUGUUUGCAGAGCGUUUCCGUGACCGUUUCCGUGCUGACAUUAACAUUCAUAUCAAUCGACAGAUGGUACGCCAUCUGUUUCCCGUUGAAAUUCAAAUCGACCACCAGCAGAGCAAAAACCGCAAUCGCAGUCAUCUGGAUCAUAGCCUUAGCGUGCGAAAUACCGGAGCCGAUCUACCUUACAACGUUUCCAAGAGACGAAUCCUUCGUCUAUUUUACCCAGUGCGAUGUCACGUGGUCAAAGGAAACAGACACGAUAUUUAUGGUAUCCAAGAUGGCAUUUUGCUAUCUUAUACCGCUACUUUUCAUGACCAUGACCUAUUUGCAGAUCAUCAGGGUAUUGUGGAGAUCAGGCAAUGCUCCACACCAAGCUAUGGAUUUCGAAAGUAA